AUGGGCUCAAACGUGGGGGACUCGUUAAGCCCGAUAGUAUCACCCUCCAUACCCCCGUCCGACCUUCCUCGAUUUUUAGAAAGGCCAAAAACCCUCCCCCCGCCGCGCUCCCGCUGCGCGCCGAUUGAAUGCCCCGUCGGGCCCCGCCCGCAACGGCGUGCGCGGACCUUGGAUUCUUCCGCGCCCGCGCAAAGCCCCAGGCAUAGCCGACUCUCCCCCAGGUCCCCGCAACCCGCGCUACGAUGGGCGGAACCUAUCAGCGGAAGGGAGAGCGACCGCGUGCUUUCCCCCUCAAAUCUCUCCUCCGACGGCUCUUCCUCCCCCCUGCUUUCCCCCGAUGGCUCCGCCGCCUCCGCGCUUCUUUCCCCCCGCGGCGGAACCUCUGCUUCCGCCGCUUGGCGGCCCGCCGCUCUCACCCCCGUGCGCAGCCCGCACGCGACGGCGAUCCGCCAUAGAGCUACCUCGUCAAUAGACAUGGAAGAGCUUUGGGCGGACUUCAGUCUCGAAGAAGGCGCCGCGCAAGAUGCGGACAGCGCAUUUGGCGGAGCUGCGCCAGGGGGCGGAGCGGGCGGAAAUGGCGCGGAAGGGCGGGGGCGGCGGAGAGGGCACGCGCGGAACAUUUCGUUUUCCGACUUCCGGUCCUUUCUAAAAGACAAACCGCGCGACGGCGACGCGAAACCCGGCGAAGUUGACGCUAGUAAUCUCUCGAAAGGGCAGCAACAGAGCGGCGCGACGUCGAUGGCAGCGGCGGCGGCGACCGCGGCGACAGCACCCAGACGGCGCCCGACGCUUUCGCGUCUUUUCUCCAGCCGCCGAGAUCCUACGUCCGCAUCUCCCGCCGCGUUGGACGGCGCGUCUAGCGGCGCCGCGCCGUCCGUCAUCCCCGUUUCCCUCUCUUCCAUGUCUUUCCGAGGGCCACAGGACACGUCAGCCAGCGAUGACGUGGAAUUGUAUGGCGGCGUCGUGCGAUGCUCGUCUGUAGAGACGAAACACGCGCCGCUCUCUGCUCGGCUUGCAGCGAAUGACAUAGGCGCCGUGCCGAAAUCCCCUCGGGCCGCGACGCGCAGCGCAAGCUUUAGACGGAAUCCCGGCGCGGCGGCGGGAACCUCAGGAAAGAGUUUGAGCGGGAAAGAACCAAUGAUGGUCGUUCCUUUCACGCGACGCGUCAAGGGCGGCGCGUCGCAGCAGCAGUCGCAGGAGUCGUCGCAGCAGUCGCCGCCAUCGGCGCAGAAGCGACGCGGCCGCCGCGGAUGGCAGCCGCCGCCAGGGAAGCAGGAUAUCGAGCCGCUCGACGAAGCGCGUCGGGACGAAGAAGCGGAAGCGGCGAUUGGCGCAAAGCGCGCGGAACGAUCGGGAGCGGCAGAGGAGGGAGCGGAAUCAUGGGAGGAGGGGGGAGAGUCGGACGAGGAGGGCGGAGGGGAUGGGGGAAGCGCUGCGCACUCAGGUCCGCGCAUCGUUUUCCGCGUGGUACAGAACCCGCAGGUAGGGAAAGCUGGUCCGACGGGAAUGGCGCGCAGGGCGGAACGAGCGGCGGGGAAAGCGGCGGGGGAAGCGCGGGCAGCGGAUGAUGUGCUGGGCGCGUCGUUUGAUCCGCGCGCGUCUGGUCCGCGCGGCGGCUUCCGCCAAGCGAGCUCGCGGGGCUCUGCGGCUAGCAGCCUUGCGGAGUGGCGGGGACUCGCCCGGCAGGGGGACGGGGCGGAACGGAUUGGGGGAGCAGCGGGUGAAGCGGGCGGAUCGGGGGAACCGUGGGUGGGGACUGGGGAGACUGGCGGGAAUUGGGGGAAUGGGGGGAGUGGGAGCAAUGGGGGGAGUGACACGGAUAUAGUAGGUUCCUUCCGCGAUAUAGCGUACUCGGGGAGCGGGGCGAGCCUGCGCGACGGGAUCGCGCAUCUGACGGCCGCGGCGGCAGCCGUGGCGCUGCCGUCGCCGCGUGGCGGAUGCGGAAGGGAGGGCGGCGCAGCAGGGCUUCGGGACGGCGCGGGGGACGUGGGGCGGGGAGGGCGGGCGGGGGCGGGGGAGGGGGAGGGGAAGGGGGAGAGCGGGGAAUCGUCUUGGCGCAUGGCGAGUCUGAGUCAGGGAAUUGGGGAGAUAGAGGUGGGCGCGCGAGGGGUUGGGGGAGUAAGCGCGGGGAAGGAGGAGGCGGCUUGGCGCAUGGCGAGUUUGAGUCACGGUAUUGGGGAGAUAGAGGCGGGCGCGCGGGGGGGAGGCGGAGAGGGGGGAGGCGCGGGGGGAAGGGAAGAGGGAGGAGACUACAGCACGUGGCUCGGGGAAGGGGAGGGGGAGGGGGAGGGGGAGGGGGAGGGGGAGGGGGAGGGGGGAAGAGGAGAGGCGUCUUGGCGCAGAUGCAGUCUCAGUUACGGCAUGGGGGUCGCCGGGACGAGCGGGGAGGGGAAUGCAUGGCGCAUGGCUAGUUUAAGCAACGGCAUUGGGGUAAUAGGGGAAGUGGAGGGGGAAGGGGAAGGGGGAGCAAGGGAGGGAGGCGCAAGGGAUGGGGGGGAAGAGAAUGCAUGGCGCAUGGCUAGUCUGAGUCACGGCAUUGGGGUUAUUGAGGAAGCAGAGAGAGGAAGGGAAGGAAGGGAUGGGGAUGGAUUAGGAGAAAGAGACGACGGAUGGGGGGGAGAGGAAAGGGACGAAAGGGGGCGAGGAGUGGAAAGAGGGGAGGGAGAGGGGUUACGAGUGGAAGAGGAGAGUGGAAGCCGAGAGGGGGAGGUGGGGGAGGGGAAGGAGGGCAGGGAAGGGGGGUUUUGGGUGGGGCGAGAAGAGCAGAGCACAGCAGCAAAGGGGAUGCAAGAUAUGUUCGUGGUGUGUGACGCAAACGAGAAGGGUGGGAGCGGUGGAGGGUCAGAGCAGCGGGACGGAGGAGUAGGGGAGUGUGCCGUAGUGCUGCUGGCGAGCGACAGCAGUGCAGUGGGGGAAGGAAGUGCAGUGGGGGAAGGAAGUGCAGUGGGGGAAGGAAGUGCAGUGGGGCAGAGGAAUGGAAGGGCAGGGGAGCAGAUGAGCAAGUUGAGCAAGAUGAGCGAUGCAUGCUGUCACUCUAGGCCUGCCUCUCUUGAGAAUUCUCACAAGUCCCUUCCCCUCCACCUCGCCUCCUCCUCCCCUCCCGCCAGGCCUUCCCCCUUUCUCCCCUCCGCUUCCCCUCCCGCUCCCCCUUCCCCCUCCGCCCACCCCGCCUCCCCCGCGUUCCAGUUCCCCCUCCCCGCGGGGACCCGCUCCCCCGUCUCCCCCUGCCCUGGCGGGCAUGUGGGGGAGGGGCGGGCGGAGGGGAAGGGGAGAGGGGGAGGCGUGCAUAGGAGCGUGAGUGAUGGGGUUCUGCAGACGGGGAAACGCAGUGAACAGAUGCAGGCGGAGCAGCAGGAGGAGGAGCAUCAGGGGGAUGGGAUGGAAGCGGGACGGUCGGCAAACGAAUCUCCAGCAGACACAGAACGAGUAGCAGCAGACGGGGAAGCAGGGGUUGGCGCAGAAUCACACCCGUCAGGUGCAGAAUCAGGCAGAGCAGGGACAGGGGUUGACACAGGGGGAAGCCCAUCAGUAGCAGUAUCAGAUGCAGCAGAUGCAGGGAAAGCUGCUGGCGGGACUCCAGCAGAGGCAGGGGUUCACACAGAACUAAAGGGAUCAGGAGCAGAUGCAGCAGAAGCAGGGAGGGCUGCUGGCAGUAAGAGUCGGGGGCGGCGCGUGCAAUUCAGUGACGUGGUGAGGCCCCUCCAAGCGGAUGGGUGUGGCGGCCGGAGAAACGGAGUUACGUUCAAGCACAGAGGCGCAUUCUAA